AUGCCGGUCCGAAUCAUGUGCACCAUCUCCUUUGCUGCGGACGACGAGCCCAGCAGAGGAUAUGGCAAAGACCCAUUUGAUGACCACUACAAGCCCGUGAAGAAGGGUUACGGCGAGAGGGAAUCGCAGGACUACCUGGAUGGAGGUAGUCAGGUGGGUGAUUACAAUGAGGAAGAGGACGAGGUGGGGGAGGUGGAUGACCUGGCCACUUUCUGCAGCGGUUGCUCGCUCCACGGCGCCAACCAUGUGUUCGUGGAGGGGAAGAAGUUCGGGGUUCGUCAGGGUUUGUGGGCGACGGUCUUCACCAUGGCACUGUCUGCGUUCUUGUUCCAGGUGGCCGACAGGGUCAUGUACUACCUCUCAUACGAUCACAUCACCAUGCUGGAUGAACAAUUUGCCAAGAACAUGACCUUUCCGGCCGUCACUCUAUGUAACUACAACUUUGUGCGAAAGUCUCAGAUGAGCUUCAGUGACUUGAUUUUCAUGGGACCUCUGCUGGGCUUCGAGGAAGGUAUGGCCCCCGGGUUCCCACUUGCCGAGGAGCCCGAUCGGCUGCCGGGCUCUCGCUUCAGCAUGGAUGAAUUCUACACCCGCACUCGUCACCGCAUAGAGGACAUUCUGCUGGAGUGUUCCUUCAGAGGUUUAGAGUGUGGUCCUGAGAACUUCCAACAGAUUUUCACACGCUACGGAAAAUGCUACACCUUUAACUCAGGCCAAGAUGGACGACCCCUGAUGGUGACGAUGAAGGGAGGGAUGGGAAAUGGCCUGGAGCUGAUGCUGGAUAUCCAGCAGGAUGAAUACUUGCCUGUUUGGGGAGAGACUGACGAGACGUCGUUCGAAGCCGGGAUCAAAGUUCAGAUCCACACCCAGGAAGAGCCGCCGUUCAUCGACCAGCUGGGCUUCGGAGUCGCACCCGGGUUUCAGACCUUCGUUUCCUGUCAAGAGCAACGGCUGACGUACCUGCCUCCGCCGUGGGGCGACUGCAAGGCCUCAGCGAUGGACUCUGACUUCUUCAGCAGCUACAGCAUCACAGCCUGUCGCAUCGACUGCGAGACACGAUACCUGGUGGAGAACUGCAACUGCAGGAUGGUCCACAUGCCCGGAGACGCCCCGUACUGCACCCCCGAGCAGUACAAAGAGUGUGCAGAUCCCGCCUUGGACUUUCUUGUCGAGAGGGAUAAUGACUACUGCGUGUGCGAGACGCCGUGCAACUUGACGCGCUACGGUAAAGAGAUGUCCUUUGUCAAGAUACCCAGCAAAGCCUCGGCCAAGUAUCUUGCCAAGAAAUACAACAAGACAGAGCAGUACAUAGCUGAUAACAUUCUGGUGCUGGAUAUCUACUUUGAAGCACUGAACUAUGAGACCAUUGAACAAAAGAAAGCCUAUGAAUUGGCCGGUCUUCUGGGUGACAUUGGAGGUCAGAUGGGUCUUUUCAUCGGAGCCAGCCUCCUCACCAUCCUUGAACUCUUCGACUAUCUAUACGAGGUGAUCAAGUAUAAGAUGUGCCGCUGCAUGAAGAAGAAACACAAAGGCCACAACAACAACGACAGGGGAGCUGUGCUGAGCCUGGAUGAUGUGAAACGCCAUGCUCCUUGCGAGACCCUGCGUACACCAUCAACGUAUCCUGGCAACAUGCUACCUCAUCACCCGGCCCAGGGUAACUUUGAAGACUUCACUUGCUGA